GUAUAUAAUGCUAAUGUGUACAACAAUUGGCUAACUUGCAUAGCAAAAGACUGCUAGCUUCUAUGCUAUAUAAUGCUAAUGGUCACCACAAUUGGCGAACUUGCAGAGCAAAGGUCCGCUAGCUUUAAUGCAAAUGUUUGCAACAAUUGGCUAACUUGCAUAGGGAAACUCUGCUAGCUUGAAUGCUGUAUAAUGCUAAUGUUUACAAGAAUUGGCUAACUUGCAUAGUAAAAGUCCGCUUGCUUAAAUGCUAUAUAAUGGUAAUGUUCACAACAUUUGGCUAACUUUUAUAGCAAAACUCUGCUAGUUUGAAUGCUGUUUAAUGCUAAUGUUUACAACAAUUGGCUAACUUGAAUAGCAAACCUCUGCUACUUUGAAUGCUGUAUAAUGCUAAUGUUUACAACAAUUGCCUAACUUGGAUGGGAAAAGUCCGCUUGCUUAAAUGCUAUAUAAUGGGAAUGUUCACAACAUUUGGCUAACUUUUAUAGCAAAACUCUGCUAGUUUGAAUGCUGUUUAAUGCUAAUGUUUACAACAAUUGGCUAACUUGAAUAGCAAACCUCUGCUACUUUGAAUGCUAUAUAAUGCUAAUGUUUACAACAAUUGCCUAACUUGUAUGGGAAAAGUCCGCUUUCUUAAAUGCUAUAUAAUGGUAAUGUUCACAACAUUUGGCUAACUUGCAUAGGUAAAGUCCGCUAGCUUCAAUGCUAUAUAAUGCUAAUGUUUGCAACAAUUGGCUAACUUGCAUAUCAAAACUUUGCUAGCUUGAAUGCUAUUUAAGCAUUUAUAAGCAUUAUAAGCAUUUAUAGCAAAAGUCCGCUAGCUUGUAUAUAUAUGUAAAGCUAAUGUUUACCAGAUUUUUGGGAUUUCUAGAGCACCCCAGAUUGCAUAAAUUUAUUUUAUUUCUGUCGAUGUUCCUUUAAGGGAGAAGCUAAAAAUCAAAUAUUUUUUAUUAAAUAUUAAAAAUUGACGAUUGGCCCAAUUUUUGAUCAAGUGUUUGGAUCUCUAAUGACUCCAAUGUGGUCAUAGUGAGUCAACCAAAGUCUUCCCGAACAGACCUACUCAGUCUGGUGAAAAUUCGUCUCAUUUUAAUAUCGCAAUAUAUAUCGCAAACCCACCAAAAAAAUCGCAAUUUCAGUUUUUUCCAAUAUCGUUCAGCACUAGCAACUAGUGAGUUAUUAGCCUAUUGGGAGGUCUGGCACACCCCCAUCAAGCUCUCAUUAGAUGUCACCUGAAGCUAAACGAGAUUAAAGUCAAAGCCUCUUUCUUGUGCUCUGGUUCUUCUACCUGACUCAGCGUCAGUUUGCUGGCUUUUCCGUGGACAAAUGAAGCUCGGACCAGGUAAAUAUUGCCUUCUUAAUUUAGCAAUUUGAAUUGUGACGGUGAUAGUCAAUGGGAACUAUAGUCAUUUUAUGAAAGAACAUUAAUGUUAGGUUAAUUUGUUUUCUAAAUUUUAGCCAUUUUUAGUAGUAACGAGGUUAGCUAGCACGGUCUAUAGCAGUCAAUGUUUGAUGGAGAAAUUCUCAUUUAAGGAGGUUAAAUGAUUGCUAAGGUCAUUAGAUGUGUAGUAGAUCUGGAAUUCAUGCUUCAAAAGCUUCUUUUAAAUGAUGACCUUCGUGUAUUUUUAUUUCUCUUGACUUCAGUGAAAGACCCGUUCGAGUUCUUUCAUGCUGUCGCGUUGGAAUUUAGAGUAAAAUGCUUUUUGCUACAUUGCAAGAAUCGACUAUGACGUUAGCUAGUUGCUCUGCCGAGGUGUUUAAUCCUGUAAAAGUGCCAAGUAAAAAUAUCCCUGAAACCUGGAUUAGACACACACGCACACACGUGAGCAGGGAUGCAAACACGCGUAGCCUUUUGUGUUGAAAUUGAGCUUUUGGUUUCCUUCCAGAGUGACAAUGGUGCUGCCCAGGUGGUUACUGGGGCUGUGUUUGUGGUGGCUAAGCGUCACAGAGGUUUGGACCGCGACCUUCAGGUUGGCUCUGGUCGGUCCCUGGACUUGCGAUCCGAUGUUCUCCAGGGCGUUGCCGACGGCGGCGGUCAACCUGGCGCUGUCGAGGUUACGCGGCGAUAGCAGCCUGAGCUAUUGGUAUGAUGUCAAGUUGCUGGAUGAGGACUGUUCCACUUCCAAAGCUUUAACGGAACUCGGAGACAUGGAGGGUUACGGCCACGCCUACAUCGGACCCUUUAAUCCCACCCUUUGUCAGGCCGCGUCUUUAUUAGCUGAACACUGGGAGGCGGGGCUGGCGUCGCCUGGCUGCCUCAACGCCGACUGGCCCAACCUGCCGCCUAUCCCCCCACCCAGUAGGGUUCUGUUCACCGUACUCCGGUUCUUUCAAUGGGCGCAUGUUGGCGUCAUUUCAGCGCCGGCGGAUAUUUGGAGGAGCACUGGACAAGAAGUGGCUUCCUCUCUCAGGGCGUUGGGUUUACCGGUUGGCCCGGUUGUUAACAUGGAAACGUGGAACAAGGACAGCCCGCGGGAUGCACUCCAAGCAAUUAGAGAUGCAGACAAAGUCAAAGUGGUGAUUUUGUGUAUGAGCUCUGUCCUUAUUGGUGGGACGGAUCAGAGAAAGCUCCUAUUGGCCGCGCUAGACAUGGGCAUGGUGUCCGAAGGCUACGUCUUUAUUCCGUAUGACGCCCUGCUGUACGCUUUGCCCUACCAGGAUACUGUUUUCCCUCAACUGACCAACAGCACCCAACUUCGGCACGCCUACGGAUCUGUUCUGACAGUCACCAUGGCGUCGGAUCAGAAUUUCUACGAAGCUUUUCGUCAGUACCAAAUGAACAGAGAAAUCCGAUCGGCGGUGGCGGCCACAGAGGUGUCUCCGUUCUUCGGGACCAUCUUCAACAUGGUUUACUUCGUCGCAAAGGCUGUGGAGGAGCGUCGUCAGGCGGGUGGUGGACGUUGGGUGACCGGUGAUCAAUUGGUCCACUCGGAUGGAGGCUUCGACUACCAGGGAUUCAACCAGGUGUUGCAUGGAGGUAGAGAUGGCCACGGGAUGCAAGCUAGCUAUGUGGUGUUGGACUGCGACGGCGACAGAUUCGUACCCACGCACUCACUGGAGCCAACGCACACCGUCGGACCCGUUGGAAAUCUCAAGCCGCUGAGGCACUCCUUCAGCUUCCCGGGAGGGAAGCCUCCCAGUGCCAGCUUCUGUUGGUUUGAUCCAGAUGAAGCUUGCAAAGAUGCAGAUGCUGUGACGUUCUUCUUUUUCUUCAUAUUAAUCUGCGUCCUGCUGGGAGCCAUUUUCUUUUGGAUCAGGAACCGCAGAGGAGCAGACAACACCUCCAAACUCAUCCUGACGCUAGACGACAUCGUCUUCAUUGACACGCAAGUCAGUAAGAAGAAACUGAACGACGAGUCCAUCAUGAGGAGUCUUCUCGAAAUCAAAACUCCAUUCCGUUCCAUCGCUAGAAGCUACAUCUUGACGACGCCUGAAAGUUCCAAUAUCGGAAUUAUGGAGGGUGACUGGGUUUGGCUCAAGAAGUUCCCGGUGGCGGGGAACAUGAAGAACGUCAACCUACACACGCAGAGGAUCUUCAGCCAGUUAAGGGACAUGCGACAUGAAAACCUGAACCUCUACUUGGGCCUAUUCGUGGACUCUGGAAUCUUUGCCAUUGUGGUAGAACAUUGCCCUCGCGGAAGCUUGGCGGAUCUUUUGGCCGACAGUGAGAUGAGGUUGGACUGGAUGUUCAAGUCGUCCCUCCUGAUGGACCUCAUUAAGGGGAUGAAACAUCUUCAUUUGCGGGGUUUGAGUCACGGCCGUCUAAAAUCCACAAACUGUCUAAUCGACGGGCGAUUUGUGCUGAAGAUCACGGAUUACGGAAUUCCCAUGAUCAUUCAAUCCGAGAGCCUUCAAGUUUUUCAAGAUCCCCAGGAUUUUCUGUGGACGGCCCCGGAGAUCCUGAGGAAUCCCGUCAAAGGAGGUACCACGGCCGGGGACGUGUUCAGCUUCUCCAUCAUCAUCCAGGAAGUGAUAUCACGAACACUUCCGUACGCCAUGAUGGACAUGCCCCCUCUAGAGAUCGUGGAGCGCUUGAAGAAGCCUCCCCCACUCUGCCGACCCAUGGUUUCAGUGGACGAAGCUCCCGCUGAAUGUCUCUCGCUGAUGAACGAAUGUUGGAACGAAGACCCCGCCAAGAGACCCGGCUUCGACGAGAUCUUCAAACAGUUUCGGGGCAUCAACAGAGGGAAGAAGGCGAACAUCAUCGACUCCAUGCUGCGGAUGUUGGAGCAGUACAGUUCCAACCUCGAAGACCUGAUUCGAGAAAGGACGGAUGAACUGGAGGUGGAGAGAAGCAAGACGGACAAGCUCGUGGGACAACUGCUGCCCAAGUCUGUGGCUCAGGCUCUGAAGAAAGGGAAGCCGGUUCGCCCGGAGCAUUACUCUGACUGCACUCUUUACUUCAGCGACAUCGUGGGAUUCACAACCAUCUCAGCUCUCAGCGAACCCAUCGAGGUGGUUGACCUACUCAAUGACCUCUACACCAUGUUUGAUGCCAUCAUUGCGUCCCAUGACGUCUACAAGGUGGAAACGAUUGGCGACGCCUACAUGGUGGCGUCCGGCGUCCCCAACCGGAACGGCCACCGUCACGCGGCCGAGGUAGCCAACAUGUCUCUGGAUAUCCUGCACUCCAUCGGAGCCUUCAAGAUCAAGCACAUGCCGGAAAUUAAAGUCAAGAUUAGAAUCGGACUUCACUCUGGUCCAGUUGUGGCCGGCGUCGUGGGUCUCACCAUGCCGAGGUACUGCCUCUUCGGAGACACCGUGACCACCGCUUCUCACAUGGAAGCCUCGGGACUUCCGUACAGAAUCCACAUCAGUCUGUGUACGGUCAAGGUCCUGUCGAGUCUGAAGCUGGGUUACCGCAUGGAAACCAGAAAAGCGCAGGUGAAAGGUUCAGAAGACACCUUUUGGCUGGUAGGCCGAGAUGGCUUUAAUAAACCUCUGCCUGUUCCUCCCGACCUUAAAGGAGGGGCCAGCAACCAUGGAAUCAGUCUGGACGAAAUCCCGGUUGAGAGGAGACAGAAGUUUCUGGAUCGACAGAAGAGGAUGAAGAAAUAGAUCUUGCCAACGGACGCGCUCGCACGCAUACACACGCUACCUCGGAGUCUACACUUGAACAAUAUAGUGUUUGAAUCCAUAUCUGUAUGGACAUUGUCUUCUCACCAUAUGUAUACCACAUGCUGAAAAAAAAUAUUGAGCAGACCAGCCUUUUUUUUUUCUGUAACAGAAAGCAAGUCAUUCGACUGUUGAUUCUAUGGGCUUGAUUCCCUCUGAUUUACGCUCAUCUGGGAUAUGUCGGGUCACGAAAGCGGACUUCCUCUUCCGCAUUUAAUCACGGGUGAGUUCCGCCGGCCUGUCGACGAUCGCCGAGAUCAGGCGAGCUGUUUAUGAAGUGCCGUUUUAGCAGAAGCUGUCAAAAACAUGGCUGAUUCCUGUUUGACGCCGCGAUGCAGCUACCGUGAUUAUAUGGUAAAUAUCAAGUUUUCUUGUUUGAUUAAUUGUGAGUUGAGAUAUUAAUUUCAAUUUGUCAUUGAGAUGGCUAACUUUGCCACUUUGACAUUGUAGGUUAGGUUUUUUGGUGGACCAAAGACAUGGCACAUGACAAAACACACCUCAGUGAAGUUGCCCCCCAUCAGACGCAAAUUUAUACAAUAAUUAUUUCAAUAAUUUGUGCUACGUUCGUGCCGGUUUGUACGAAAAUGUUGACAGCACAACCGCCCUCUAGUGGCAACAAUGAACAGGACAACUCCUUUAACAUGAUUGAAUCCAGCUGCUCCCUGUAAAGACCAAAAUAAGGUGGGCGCCCUGUGUGGGGAUUCCAGCCUCCGCUGGUCAGACGUCACAGUCUUCUCGUCACGCUUCCUCUUGAGCAGCCUUGACGUCCUGACAUGGCAGAGCCGGGAUUCCUGGUCUUCCUCCGGUGUGUUUUCAGCACCGCGGACAGCGUCGGGGGUCUCUUAUACCCGCCCACUGGGCCCACGUGAGGCAUGCGUCAAGCGCCGCCAUUGACGUCAGCGGCCAUUCAGAAGGAAUUUCUGCUCGGCGAUCGCGAUCCCUCCCCCACCAAUCUGCUCGGUGGGCUGCAGUGCUGCUCAAUUCACGUGUGGUGAAAGCACGACUACAAUUUUACAGAACGGGUAUUUACACGGAGCCCCUAAAGGUACAUCGACAGAAAUCAAUUUAAGCAAUCUGGUGCGCACCAGAAACAAUCUGUAUAUUUGUAUAUGUAUGAAAUAGGGCUGUCAAACCAUUAAAAUUUUUAAUCGAGUUAAUAACAGCUUAAAAAUUAAUUAAUCGCAAUUAAUCGCAAUUCAAACCAACUAUAAAAUAUGCCAUAUUUUUCUGUAAAUUAUUGUUGGAAUGGAAAGAUAAGACACAAGAUGGAUAUAUACAUUCAACAUAUGGUCCAUAAGUACUGUAUUUGUUUAUUAUAACAAUAAAUCAACAAGAUGGCAUUAACAUUAUUAUCAUUCUGUUAAAGCGAUCUUUGGAUAGAAAGACUUGUAGUUCUUAAAAGAAAAAUGUUAGUACGAGUUAUAGAAAUUUUAUAUUAAAACCCCUCUUCAUGUUUUCGUUUUCAUAAAAUUUGUAAAAUUUUCAAUCAAAAAAUAAACUAGUAGCCCACCAUUGUUGAUGUCAAUAAUUACUUAAACAAUGCUCAUGGGUGCUGAAGCCUAUAAAAUCAGUCGCACCCAAGCGCCAGCAGAGGGUGGCAAAACUCCAUAAAACACAACAAGUGAGCGUUUCACUGUACUGUCAUUUAAAUCUCUCUGAGCGGGGCAUCUGCGUUAAUUGUGUCAAAUAUUUUAACGUAAUUAAAAAAUUAAUUAAGGCGAUCAUUUUGACAGCCCUAGUAUGAAAAUAUACACUGCUGGUCAAAAGUAUUGGCACCCCUCAGCGCUUGAUUUGUAAAUCCUAAGGUGCCGGAACACAAAGUACAUAUGACAGCGCUGGAUGACGAGACGGACACAGGUCCCGGAACAUACAGUACGCAGAAAAUGGUGCUGAAAACGACACGCAAAUGCCCACUUGCCAUGCUGUGGGACUUACAAUUUCAGAUAAUAUCCAUGGUAUAAAGGUUAUGACAACAAUUUAUAUUUAGGCUAUACUCUGCAUAGCACAGGAGGUGGGACUUACAGUAAUGUACAGUCUAACUUGUCAAACAUAAAAAAAAAAUUGAGAUUACAAUCAAUAACACAAACCCAAAUGUUUGCAAGUUUCAUCCCCCCACCCAGUCUUCUCUGGCCCCAAAUUUCCCAUCGCCUUACAAAUUGUGCAGCCCAAACCCGAAUUUCCCAUACGGGUACUGGCCUGUUGCUCCGGCUGUUGGUGGUCCACCUGGCUGACUGCUGGCCCCCACUCCGGGUGGCGCUGAACCUGACCAGCUGCUGCCACGGUAGCAGCCUCCCUCCCCGGCUUGGCUGGCUGUCCGUAUACCUGGCUAGCUGCUGCAGCGCUAGCCUCCUGCUGCACCUGGUCCCACCCGUUAGCAUGAUCGCGGCAGCUGCCCUCAUCGGCGGUUGUUGCUUUUCGGACUCGUUUUGAACCAUCUUCCUUCUUAUUGAAAAUAGUAAAUACAACUGUAUUUUUGGCAUGUCGGAAUACCGUUUGAUCCUGGCUGCUUGCUCCCCAGAUGCCGCAAAUUUCCAAAGGUUUAUUUCAUUUUUCUGUCAGCGGCGUGAUUUGUUGCGCCAGCUUUUCAGUGCAUCAACAAAUCUCCGACUCUUUCAAAUGAUGUUAAAUUUUGAUUAACGACAUUUGUUCUGUAAAUAAAUUAUAUUAUUAUUUUAUUUUAUACUGUAAUGUCCGUAACAAUGCACGGUCCCUUUAAGAGACGCUGGGACUGGACAGCUGUGAGGGAGUAGGAAGCGAGGGGGAGACUGGCUAGAAGCUAAAGUUUGUGGUCGAAUGGCCGCUGCUAGUUUUCUUAUUGUUGCCAAAAUAAAGUGGAGAAACAAUUCUUCUCCUUCUGCCUUCUUCAAACUUCUCCAUUUUCAGAUCUCUCCACAGGUGUCCUAUGGGAUUCAGGUCUGGACUCAUUGUUGGCCUCUUUAGAAGUCUCUAGUGCUUUCUCUCAAACCAUUUUCUAGUGUGUUUUGGGUCAUUGUCCUGCUGGAAGACCCAUGACCUCUAAGGGAAACCCAGCUUUCUCACUCCGGGGCCCGACAUGAUGCUGCAAAAUUUGUUGUUCGUCUUCAGACUUCAUAAUGCCAUGCACACGGUCGAGCAGUCCAGUGCCAGAGGCAGUAAAGCAACCACAAAACAUUGGAACCUCCGCCAUGGUUGAAGGCCUCGUUUUUUUCCAAAACGUUUUUGGCUUUCUCAGGUAGGUUUUGGCAAACUCCAGCCUGGCUUUUUUUAUGUCUAUGGGUCCGAAGUGGGGUCAUCCUGGGUAUAGUACCAUAGAGUCCCUUUUCAUUCAGACGCCAAUGGAUAGUACAUGUUGACACAGUCGUACCCUCGGACUGCAGGACAGUUUGAACUUGUUUGGAUAUUAGUCAAGGUUCUUAAUCCACCAUCUGCAUAACAUUUUGUUGAAAUCUCUCGGCAAUUUUUCCUUUCGGUCCACAUCUAGGGAAGUUAGCCACGGUGCUGUGGGCUUUACACUUAUUGAUGACACUGGAACAUUCAGGUCUUUGGAGAUGGACUUGUAGCUUUGAGAUUGCCCAUGUUUCCUCACAAUUUUUCUUCACAAGUGCUCAGACAGUUCUUUGGUCUUUUUUCCCCCCGCCAUGCUUAAUGUGGUACACACAAGGACACAGGACAGAGGUUGAGUCAACUUUAAUCCAUUUUAAUUGGCUGCACAUGUGAUUCGGUUAUUGCCACCACCUGUUGUGUUCAACAGGUAAGUAACAGUUGGUGUUAAUUACACAAAGAAGCAUCACAUGAUUUUUAAAGGGUGCCAAUACUUCUGUCCGGCCCAUCUUUUUGAUUUUUGUGUAAAAUUAUUCCCCCAUUCUGUGUUUUUUGAUUGGUAGUAAUAUCUUCAUUUAUUUGGCUUACAAUCAUUUCUGGGAGAAACUGAGCAUUAUCUGUUAGAAUUGCAGGGGUGCCAAUACUUUGGCAAGCAGUGCAAGAAUGAAGCCAUGCUUACCGUAAUCUAUUCUUUAUCAGACAUAUGUUAAAGUGCUGCUCUCUUGUGGCAGUUUUGAACCAUUGCAGCCAGUCAUGAUUGAACGUCCAACUGCUAGUUUCUCUUAGUAUGUAGUCGAGGUGGGACAAAUUAUUGAACCAUCGUGAUAUUUUGAAUCCUAAAAGGUCAUCGAUACACUCGUGCCAAGAUUCAAGAUCUGGUUUUAAAAAGGUGUCAAUGUUUAAAAAAAAAAAAAAAAAAAAAGACCUACAAGUUGCUACCCAAUAUAGUGUGUGUAAUAUAAAUAUAUACACAAUACAGUGGUACCUCUACUUACAGAAUUGGUUCUGGAAGUAAUUUCUUGACUUGAAAAUUCAGUUUUACAUUUUCCAUGUAAAUGCCCUGAUCUGUUCCAAGCCCCCCAAAAUCCAGACAUAAUUCUUUUAUAAUGCAUAAAAACAUGUAAGAAAUAGAAAACUAUUUUAGAGGCGACGGUGGUGGAAAUCGACAUCUUAAUUGAAUCUCUAAAACCCACCAUAAAUACUCAAUAAUGUUGAGUUAAUGUUGAUUUUGCCAGCCAUAUGAGAUGCUCAACUUUAUUAGAAUGUUCCUCAUCCUAUUCUCUAAGAAUUAUGUUCAAUGAUUAUGAUGCCAAAAUGUUAGGGUUUGGACAAAAUAAUGCAAACAACUGUCUAUAUAUUUAAUAUAUAUAUUAUGUGUGUGUGUGAAUGAAAACCUAUAAAUGUUUGGGUGGUUUUAGUUGAAGCACUAUUUUCAUCUGUGUGAUUUUGACAAAGAUAUCACAUUUAAAGGUGAUUUUAUACAGAAAUGUGAGAAAUUCUAAAAGGUUCAGAUACUUUUUCAUACCACUGUAUGUAUACUUUGUAUAUAUGUAAAUUAGGGCUGUCAAACGAUUAAAAAUUUUAAUCGAAUUAAUUACAGCUUAAAAGUUGUAAUUAAUUGCAAUUCAAACCAUCUAUAAAACAUGCCAUAUUUUUCUGUAAAUUAUUGUUGGAAUGGAAAGACAAUUCACAUACGGUACAUAGGUUCUGUAUUUGUUUAUUAAUAAAUCAACAAGAUGGCAUUAACAUUAUUCUCUUAAAGCGAUCCAUGGA